AGAGUCUAUCCUUAUCUCUCCGUUUCCAAGAGAGAGUGAAGAAGAUAUUUUGUGAGAUGUUGGCGAGAGCUCCACCUCCGUCAGUUACUUUUCCGGCGAGGAAUAAAGUUUGUAAUCGGAGAGAGAUCGUGCGGCUGUUUCGCAACGGAGGAGGAGUGAUAACGAGAGCCGGUUUCACUCGUCGGCCACUGGAGGCUUCAUGCUCGAAUGAGGUCGUUAGCGACUCCACCGACGAUGGAUUCAUCGUAAUCAAAGCGGAACACCGCGAGACGGAGCUCUAUCCUCCGCCUCCUCCUCCGCCUUCGAUUCCGCCGUCAGAAUCUUCGAGAAGAAAUGGUUCGCGUUCGAGAGGAGUAACCGCGAGUUUCGGGAGGCUAAAGGCGCAGAAAGUGAAGGCUCUCGUUGGUAAGGUAACGCAGAAGAAGCAGCAAGUGAGUCGUAAUGAGGAAGAAGAAGACGAGGAUGAUGAUAUAUUUGAGGAUGAAGAGUUUGGUGGAUCAUCAAUUCUUGAUUUGAUGAGGAAGAAGUUGGCUAUGAAGGCUAUUCCUAGUUCAGGAAAAUCUUCAGAGGUGAAAAGAUUCAGCAGAGUGCGGGAAUCUAGAGAGCUAAGAGAUACAGAUAGAUCUCAGACUAAUGAGAGAGAUUCAAACGGUUAUGCUGCUGCUAACUCCAGGGGUAGAGGAGAUAGGCCUUCGAAUGCGAAAAAUUUAGAUACAUUCAAGGGGAGUGACAGAGCUGCUGGUGAGUUUGCAAACCCUCGGAAGUUUAGUGAUAACGAGAGAGCAGGAUCAAGGAGUUCAUAUUCAAAAGAUUCCUCUGCUGCUAAUUCUAGGGGUAGAGAAGAUAGGCGUUUUGUUAACAAAGAGUCAGAUACAUAUCAGAGACGUGAUAGAGCUACUACGGAUGAGUUUUCAGAUGCUCGGUAUUUCAAUGAUAAUGAGAGAGCAGGGUCGCAUUAUUCAUAUUCAAGAGGCGGUGCUGGUAACUCCAGGGGUUGGGGUGAUAGGCGUUCUGUUGUAUACGCAAGAGAUAUGGAGGAUUGGAGAGAGAGAGGGAAUAAAACCAAGUCUACUAGGGAAACCGGCUUUUUUAGCCGCAAAAGUUUUGCAGAGGUUGGAUGUAGUGAGGGUAUGAUGAAGGCCUUAAAGGAGAAUAAUUUUGAUCGACCGGCUCAUAUUCAGGCUCUGGCUUUUGCGCCAGUUGUUGAUGGAAAGAGUUGUAUCAUAGCUGACCAAAGUGGAUCAGGCAAGACACUGGCAUAUCUUGUACCUGUUAUCCAGCGUCUCAGGGAAGAGGAACUUCAAGGACUGAGCAAAUCGUCUUCUGGUUGUCCUCGUGUGAUUGUUCUGGUACCAACCGCAGAGUUGGCCUCCCAGGUUCUUGCCAACUGUAGAUUAAUAUCAAAGUCUGGGGUCCCGUUCCGUUCCAUGGUAGUGACUGGUGGUUUCAAACAACGAACCCAGCUCGAAAAUUUAGAGCAAGGUGUGGACGUUUUGAUUGCAACACCAGGGCGUUUCACGUACCUUAUGAAUGAAGGAAUUUUGGGGCUGUCAAAUUUGAGAUGUGCCAUAUUAGAUGAGGUGGAUAUACUCUUUGGCGACGAGGAGUUUGAGUCAGCCCUGCAGAAUCUGAUCAGUUCCUCCCCUGUGACUGCGCAGUAUCUGUUUGUUACAGCAACCUUGCCCCUCGAGAUAUACAACAAACUUGUUGAAGUUUUCCCUGAUUGUGAAGUUGUAAUGGGACCUCGCGUGCACCGUGUUAGCAAUGCCCUCGAAGAGGUUCUUGUUGACUGCAGUGGAGAUGAUUAUGCAGAGAAAACUCCUGAGACUGCUUUUCAGAACAAGAAAGCGGCUCUCCUUCAGAUUAUCGAGGAAAACCCUGUUGCCAAGACUAUCAUCUUCUGCAAUAAGAUUGAGACAUGUAGGAAAGUUGAGAAUAUAUUCAAGCGGCUUGAUAGAAACGAAAGGCAGCUGCACGUCCUACCGUUUCACGCAGCACUCGCACAAGGGGCAAGGCUUACAAACAUGGAAGAAUUCACCUCGUCUCAUCCCGAAGAUCAUUCACUGUUUCUGGUCUGCACGGAUAGAGCUUCUCGUGGGAUAGAUUUCUCCGGUGUUGAUCAUGUGGUGCUGUUUGAUUUUCCGCGUGACCCGAGUGAAUACGUAAGACGUGUUGGAAGAACAGCGAGAGGUGCUAGAGGAGAAGGAAAGGCUUUCGUCUUUGUAGUGGGGAAACAAGUAACGUUGGCAAGGAGGAUCAUUGAGAGGAACCAGAAGGGUCAUCCGGUUCAUGAUGUCCCAAACGCUUACGAGUUCACAACCUGAACUUUAAGGUGAACUCUUCGUGGUCUCCUUCCCCUUUGUACAAUCUCUCUGUGUUGAGAGAAACAAGAAAGGUCUUUCGGUUCAUGAUGUCCCAGAUGCUUACUGACAAGAACGUACUAAUUACGAUACAACUGGCGUUAGUAAUUCCUUUUUGAUGUAAUGUUUGUAAGCAUUCUAAUGGGCACCUAUUGGGCCAUUUGGGCCUCAAGUUACAAUUUUUCUGUAUUUCA